CUCGCGUUGAGUUUUGCCGUUGACAUGUCAUUUCCCUUUUGUCGACAGCUUUAGAGAAGCGUCAGACUCAUGUGUGAACUAUUAACGCCGCCACCUCUACAGCCGGGAGUGAACAACAGACAACAGCGCCCCCUGGUGACAUGUGUGACCCCUGCAAAGCGCUGGGAAUAAAAAAGCUCCAUCAUCCUCCUGCGAUGCGAGCAUCGUUUUGGUGGAGAUAGGGCAUCCUCCCAACCCCCGACACCCAUGACCACCGACUAGGGCCGUGCAUGAACAGACAAACAGAGGGACAUAAGGACAGUAUUAUGGCGAAGCACCGUAAAGACAGAGACAGCUGGGGUGAGUGGUCCCUCAGUGAUAAAAAUGUCUACGACUGGAGCUCAGAGGAGGAGGAGCCGGACGGACGAGCCCGGCCCAUCCAGGUGCUGCUGGUCAAAGACGACCACACCUUCGAGCUGGACGAGGCGGCGCUGAGUCGCAUCCUGCUGGCGGAGGAGGUCAGAGACCGAGAGGUGGUGGCCAUCUCUGUGGCCGGAGCUUUCCGCAAGGGCAAGUCCUUCCUCAUGGACUUUAUGCUGCGCUACAUGUACAACCAUGCAUCUGAAGACUGGCUCGGGCAUUCAGACGAGCCUCUGACCGGCUUCUCCUGGAGGGGGGGCUCAGAGAGGGAGACUACAGGGAUCCAGAUCUGGAGUGAGGUCUUCCUGGUGGACAAGCCAGAUGGAACAAAGGUUGCCGUCUUGCUCAUGGACACACAGGGAACGUUCGACAGCCAGUCGACGUUGAGGGAUUCAGCCACUGUGUUCGCUCUGAGCACCAUGAUAACCUCAAUGCAGGUUUACAACAUCUCACAGAAUGUACAAGAAGACGACCUUCAGCACUUGCAGCUUUUCACUGAGUACGGCAGAUUAGCGAUGGAGGAGACGUUCCUCAAACCUUUCCAGUCCAUGAUUUUCCUUAUUCGAGACUGGAGUUUUCCUUACGAGUUUCCGUACGGACAGGACGGAGGCAUGAAGUUCCUUGAGAAGAGACUCAAGAUCUCAGAGAACCAGCAUGAAGAGCUGCAGAACGUGCGUAAACACAUCCACUCCUGCUUCACUAACAUCUCCUGUUUCCUGAUGCCUCACCCCGGCCUCAAAGUGGCCACCAACCCACACUUUGAUGGAAGGAUUAAAGAGAUCGACGGCGAGUUCAUAAACAACCUGAAGGUUCUGGUCCCCUGGCUGCUGAGUCCUCGCAACAUCGACGUGAAGGAGAUCAACGGCAGCAAAAUCACCUGCAGAGGCCUGUUGGAGUACUUCAAGGCAUACAUCAAAAUCUACCAAGGUGAGGAGCUGCCUCAUCCAAAAUCCAUGCUACAGGCCACAGCAGAGGCGAAUAAUUUGGCAGCAGUUGCAGCUGCGAAGGAUCUGUACAACAAGAAAAUGGAGGAGGUCUGCGGGGGUGAUCGGCCCUUCCUGGCCCCCAGCGAGCUGCAGGCCCGACACAGCGUCAUCAGAGAAGAGGCUCUGCAGGUUUUCCGGGGCGUGAAGAAGAUGGGAGGCGAGGAGUUCAGCCGCCGCUACCUGCAACAGCUGGAGGGAGAAAUCGACGAGGUGUUUGUCCAGUACAUCAAGCACAAUGACUCCAAGAACAUUUUCCACGCUGCCCGCACGCCGGCCACCCUGUUCGUGGUCAUCUUUGUCAUGUACGUGGCCGCGGGCAUCACAGGCUUUGUGGGCGUGGACAUCAUUGCCAGCUUGUGUAACAUGAUCCUCGGUCUGGCACUGAUCACUCUCUGCACCUGGGCCUACAUCCGGUACUCUGGGGAAUACCGGGAACUGGGCGCUGUCAUCGACCAGGUGGCUGGUGCACUGUGGGACCAGGGGAGCACAAAUGAGGCUCUCUACAAGCUGUAUAAUGUAGCGGCCAAUCACAGGCACCUGUACCACCACGCCUUCCCGGGGCCGCAGAUGGAGGACGUUGCGGAGGAGCAAGACAGGAAGAGGGACUGAUCAGAUCACAGACAAACCACAGCAGGGACUUCCUGGUAAUGGACUGGAGGAGGGGAGGAUCAUCCUCACCUAUCAGGCACUCUUUUAUCUUGGUAUUGGCUGGGGCGGCCCACCGGUACAUUCACUACUUUAAAAUCUAAUAAGGGACUGUGUAAUGUUCAUGUAUAGGCAACGCCAGAGCAUCUUCUCAGUGGGCGCCUGCUUUCAAGCGAUGGAUGCCUUUUGAAUCAUCAUCAUCAUCUCUCACUUUUUGUCUGUGAAAUCAAAUUAACACCUGCUGUACAGACACUGUAGGCGCUCUGCCGGAGGAGGCCUCAGCAUAUCCAACCUCCAGUCGGCUGUUGAUUUUCAUACCAGACGAGUUUUUUUUUGUUGUUUUUUUUCCCCCCAUCAUUUGUCACGAUUUUGACAACAGUUUUCAAAGUAUAGCCAAAUCUGUGAAAUCCCCAUUUGUGACUAAUUGUUCCGUUCUUUGAAGUUUAGUGCUGUUUAUAUAAAAAAAACAAUAUCUACACAAUGUUUGAAAGCCAAAAUAUGUACUGUAUGUUAAGUAAUGAAGCGUUACAAGCGUCAUCAGCAUGGUAAAUUGUUAAUGUCUGUCAUCUUUAAGCUCUAAAAAACCAGGUAUACCUUUUAAAAAAAAUUUGAGUUUUAAUAGUUGUGACAAAGUGGUAUCGUGCCAUAACAUGUUAAGAUGAUUUCACAUCUACUCGCAGCCCGGCUACGAUGGCACAUUCAUGAGUUGUAUACGGUAUUUUCGUUUUGUUUCGGAGGUUGGUGUUACUUUUGACAGACUUGUGGAUCAGGAAAUAGCUUUGUGCUGGCAUGUUCUGUCAAAUAAGAGACAAAAAAACAAAAAAAAAACAACACACACACACACACAAUGGUUUAAAGUUUACACAACAUAGCUGACAUUAUCUCUCACUUUAUAGUCUUUGCUUGCAGUUUUGUAAUUAGGCAGCGUCACAGUGAUACUCUAUAUGUGUUUGGCGUUUGAGGCUGAAGGGAAAAGAGUGUGUUUGGUUUCCAUUGUGAUGUAGAGGUGGCAGCUGAAACCAUUGUUGUGUUCCUCACUGAAUGUUCGAGCAAAUCCGUGGAAUGUAGCUAUUCUGUGGCCACCGAGGAAUCAAAGCUAGAUGUUAUUAGGCGGGGCGACUGGCCUGUUUUGGAAAAGGAUCCUCAUUCCAGAUCUCUUUCAUCAUCUUCACACACUUAAGUUGAAUCAUCUGUGAACAAAAAAAACCAAAAAAAAAAACCAACAAAAAACAACAACAAAAAAAAAGUUGCAUGGUUGAAAGAGGACCGGCCAGACUUUUGUGUUCCCCAAAAACAGCUUUGCAUUCGUUAAAAAACAAAAGGCUUGUAAUGGUGACAGCACUUUUUUUUUUUUUUGGUGUUUGAACACUUUGGCUUCGUAGACUGUUACUGUACGUUUGUAUAACUGUGGUUGCUAUUGUUUUUAAGCUCAUUGAAUAACCCUGAAUCAUAGCACUGUAAAAAAUGUUUGCAUCACAUACAGCUGCAGCGUCAGAAAUGUUCUUUUUUUUCUCCCCCACCCUCCUCCCCCCCUCGUCCCCCGUGUGUAUCUGCUCACCGACAGUACAGGAACACUGUCAUGCAUAUUUAGCAAGUUUAUACUGAGGUUUGACCUCAAGGGUUGAAAAUUUAAAGGCACUGCAGCAGAGUGGCUUCUCCAGUCUUCCACAGUGUAUAAUCAACAUGAGUGAGGCCUCCACACAAAGAACCAUCUAGCGUGAGGUUUUAAAAAAAUCACAUUUUUUCAUGACUGUUUCAAGCGUUUUGUCCAUUCAUAAGUCAACAGAGUAGCAUUUGUUUACAUCGUGUUGCAUUUAAACUCCGAAUUGACUAUUAAUUCAAAGACUUUAUGUGCUAAAAAAGAAAGAAAAUAACAUAUUAUUCUUGGGUUUAACUACUCAUUCCUAAAGCCGCCCUCAUCCACACAUAAAUCAACUCCGGAUAUCGUGGGAGCCUCAGUGUCCUGACAGGUCAAAUGAAUCAGCCUCUUCCAAGUCAACACUGCUAACGUUUCAGCACACGCAUUGCAAAAUUUCAGUUACAAAGAAAUAAUAACUAAUAAAGUUGGACCAAAUUAAUGAAAACCAGACUUGAGUAGUUUAUUAUGCUCAAUACCAGGGCUGUAUUCAAUUAUUUUACAUUGCAAAACUUGUCUGUUAAAGAAAUCUGUGUAUGUGAAAGUGUAGCAAAGAGGCAACAACUGUAGUUUCAAAGGGUUGUGUUUUUUUUUUCUUCACUGCAGACUUUAUUGCUUAUGUCCUGUAUUUGCAAUCCACAAAAAUUAGGUAUGUACAAACUGGUGAAACCAUUCUGAAAAAAGAUGCAAUUGAGACCUUCUUGCAUUGAGGAGGACUCAUGAAACAAAAAAGCUGAGGUUCUUAAAAAAAAAACCUACUCUACUGUCCACCGAUCAAACGCUCUUUUUAGGACGUUCAGAAAUCACAUACAAGUUCAAUCAAACACUUGUAUUUCUUAUUCUUGCUGUAAAUAUAAUUCCUGGUAGUUUAUGAGGUGACCUGAACGUAACUUUAAAAGGUAAUAGUGUCAUAAACUAUUUAUAUUUCCUACCAUGAGUGACAAAUAGUUGUAGAAAACUAGCACCAGCCUCGACUAGACAAAAACCUAUGGCUUAAAGACAUUUCUGAGUAUCUUAAAAGUGUGUGAUUGAUCGGUGAUCACUAGAAUAAGCUUCCAAGAAUCUGCACUUCAAUUUUAAUCACAGAAAAGACGUGUCAGUUCAUAAAAAUAAGGCAUUACCGAGGCUAGAAAUAUCCAGAAAGAAUGAAACAAGAAGUUGAAUUGCACUUGUUUGGCAAACUUAAUGUCUUCUUGAAGUGUUUUUUAAAAAGUUCCAGUAGCUUAUUUAUGUUUCAUUAUAAACACACACAAGAAUAUUCCUGACUUACAGUAAUGCCAAGAGCCGAGAGAUGCUCAAACCACUGCAUCAAAUGUGAUGCUUCAUCCGACAAGGUCUUUAAAUAAAGACGUGUUUCAUAUCAAAACUUAAAUAUCUGUCAAAGUUUUGGUGGAUUGUCUUAUAAAGGAUAUGUCAUUAAAAAAAAAAAAAAAAAAAGGAACAAUGCACACUUUUUGUUUAAUGUAAAAAAAGUGUGGUUUCAGUUUAUGAGGGUAACAAAGCAAAAAGGCAAAAAGUAUUUUAAUACGGAAACAAAUUAGAAGAAGCUGCCUGUCUUUUUCUCCCAGAGGAAAAAACGACGGAGUAGCUGGUUUGUAUACGCGAUAUGAGCUGACAUUGUAGAAAUGCUGCGUUUUAUGUUAUUAAAAAAAAAAAAAAAAAAAAAAA